GCCUGGCCUGGAAGCCUGAGGGCUGAGGCCGUCUCCUUCGAGUGGUCGAUCCCAUCCAUUCCCCUUCCACCGUCGGCCGAUGGCCGCCUCUCGCCGCCUCGCGCGAAGGCUGCCGGCACUGAUCUCCCGGCAUCAGCGCCUCAUCUCCCCGGAGACUGAAGCACCUGAACUCGCCGAAGCCCCCACCACCUUCGCAUCCAUUCCGCUCGACCCCUCACUGCCCGUCCUUUCGCUCGCUGUCUCCCACCUCUCGCCGCCUAACCCGCUCCCGGCGCUCCCCUCCGCGCACGCCUCCUCCCCCGCCUCGCUCCUUCGUCUCCUCCGCCGAGGGCGGCACCACCCGCGACUCGCGGCGCUCGACCUCCACAUCCUGCUGGCCGCAGCCGACGCGUCCUCCGCUUUUCGACCCGACCACGGCCUCACGUCCCUCCUCGCCGCCCGCCUCGCGGCUUCCCGCCGCCUCGCUUCGCUCCAGCGCCUCCUGGAGCUCGUCCUCACCCGCCCCUGCCCCUGUGCCGACGACUCCAUCUUCGCAUGCCCCGAGCUCCUCCCCACCUUCCGCAAGGCCAUCGUCGCCUUUGCCGCCUCCGGCGACAUCCCCGCUGCAUCCCAAGCCCUCGCCUCUCUCCGGCGCGUCGCUGACUCCCCACUCCCCGCGGAGUUCUACAACAUCAUCCUCCACUCUCUCUCCCGCCUCCGCCGCCACGACGAUGUCAUCCGCUUCUACGGCGAAAUGAUCACCGUUUACCGCGUCGCCCCGGAUGCCUAUACCUUCAACAUACUCAUCAACAGCUCCUGCCGGGUAGAAGGCGUAGACGCCGCCAUGCGAUGGUUUGGUGAGAUGCAGCGCCGGAGCUGUGCACCGACGGGCGUUAGUUUCAACACACUUAUGCGUGGGUUCAUCAGAGAAGGCAGGUAUAAGGAGGGAAUAAAGGUCGCACGGGAGAUGCUUGAGCUUGGGGCCGGGUUGUCCGUUGUGUCCAUGGAGAUUUUGAUCGGUGGAUUGUGCCGUGGUAGUGAGGCUCUAAAGGCGGUUGAGGUGUUUGUUGAGUUUUUGGGGGAUGGGGUGGUGCCAGAAGGGUUUGAUUGCUUUGAACUUGUUGACGCUCUGUGCCGUGGUGGGAAGGUGGACAGAGCAGUGGAAGCUGUGGACAUGGUAUUGGAGAGGAAUAUGAAAUGCUGUCUCAGUGUGCCUGCUGGCGUUACGGUUUUGGAGUGUCUGAUGAAGGCAGGGAAGCUGGAUGAGGUUUGCCGGUUGAUGUGGAGAAUGAUUGAUCAGGGGAUUGUUCCGGAUACAAUUUCUUGUAACUGCAUCUUUGAGGCGCUUUGCAAAGCUGGGAGGACAGCUGAUGCCAACCAGCUAAGGGUGUUCGCUAAGGAGAAGGGUUUUGAGGCUGAUGGUGAAACUUAUCGUGUGCUGGUGCAGGGAUUUGGGAGGCAGGGGAAAAGAAAGGAAGGGAAGGCUGUGUUGGAUGAAAUGCUUGAUUUAGGAUUUAUACCAAACAUUGCCUCUUAUAAUAGGCUUCUUGGUGGCUUGCGUAAGUGAAGAUUUUUGUGGUUACAUGAGCACUUCUUGGGGCAUGUGAGAGCACCAGACUUAAAGUAUUUCACUGGACGCUGGGAAGCUGGAUGGAGAUGCCUGAUGAGCCACUGGUGUACAUAGCUGCAUGCAUAUAAGAUGGAAGUUUGAAAUGAGAAAGAGGAAUUGCUAUGGUGGGAGUGGGACUGCUUCCAAUUUUGUCUUGCAGCCGUCAUUGUGAAUGGGGUGUUUGUGAAAUAUUUGAGAAAUGUUCGACAAGAAAAUAAUUUAUUAGCAUGCAGUGAACAUUGGAAGAGAAACUUCUCAAGGUUUGCAGGAGGCAAUGCAAUGCUUCCGUUUAGAUUGAGAGAUCUCUUGGAUUGAUCCGUCUAAGAAGUGUUGUUUGCUCGUGGGCCUUGACAGAGGAGGACCGAGCACUCAGCGGCACUACGGGAUUUACGGAAUGGUAGCCCUGGCACCGCUGCCCGCCAGGUGCGUCCUUGCAGAUGAUCACUGUGCUGGUGGCUAGCCUCCGUCCAGUGGCAGCAUGGACUCAACUUCACCUGACGUUAUGUCGUAGGAACUGCUUCCGGACCAGCUGAUUGCUUGGUUCUUGCCAGAGAGGUGUCGCAAUGCCAAUUGGAUGGUACAACAUGGUUGUCGGUCAAGGCUAAGAUUGCAAGGUUGUGUAGUACCAGAGAUGUGCGUUUCUGGAGGGACACGGGAGGUAUCUCAAGGGAAGGUAUCUCUCAGUUUGGCAAAUGGAGAGGCAAUGACGCAAUCUAUUGCUGGGCAUCUCUCUGACGCACUUUACUUCACAAAGCAUCUUCUCUGCAUUGCAGGCGUAGUAGACAAGUCCCAAGUCCCAACCGACAACACACAAUCAGUAGUGUGGAUUCACUUGUUCAUAGCUCAUUAGGUCCAAGCUGUUGCCUGGCUUGAUUUCUGGACACAUAUCUCACUGGCUCGAUCUCUGAUUCCAUUUGAUUUUUUUUAAAAAAAAAUAAAACUGCAAUAAUCCCAAUUCCCAAA